AUGAAGCCUUCAGCUCUGACACUGACAUUGCUUGGGUCCAGCUGCUGGGGCCCUUUGGCAGUGGUCGGCGCUCAGAGCCUGCCUCAGGUUGACUUGGGCUACCAGAUACAGCAAGCAUCUUCCUUUAACGCUACUGGUCAAGUAUACAACUUCAGCAACAUCCGCUACGCUCAGCCACCACUGGGCAAGCUUCGCUUCGCUGCGCCUGUUCCCCCAACAGGUCGCAACACGACUGUCCAAGACGGCAGUGAUGGCGCCAUCUGCCCUCAAGCGAACCCAGCUUGGCUCGCCAUUGCUGAUUUAUUCACCGCUGCAUUCGCGGAAGGGUUGCCAUUCAACUACACCGCCGCCGCCGCUCAAGUCCAAGCCAACCCGCCAAAACCUUCUCCUCCUGACCCGAGGGUGAAGGAGGACUGCUUGUUUCUGGAUGUAUUCGUUUCAAAGGCUGUCUUUGACAAGGCUCAAAACCAAUCUUCUGGCUACCAGGGAGCUCCGGUUCUUGUGUGGAUAUAUGGUGGUGGUUAUACAGCAGGAUCGAAAGCUGGAUCGGGCAACCCGGCCGGUCUCAUUCACACCAGUCAGGCCAGCGGUUCGGAUGGUAUCGUAUUUGUUGAGAUUAACUACAGACUGGGGGCGUUUGGCUGGCUGUCCGGACCAACUGUUGAAGCUGCCGAGGGCGGCGUGUCCAAUGCCGGUCUGUACGAUCAACGUCUGGCGCUCGAGUGGAUUCAAACCAGCAUUCGAUUGUUUGGGGGGGAUCCAAACCGGGUGACGAUCAUGGGUGAGUCCGCCGGUGGGGGGUCAGUGAUUCACCAGAUGACAGCCUAUGGUGGAUUGAAGUCGGUACCCUUCCAGCAGGCAAUCCCUCAGUCUGGUGCCUGGCUACCGGUGUCGAGCAACUUCAAAAAGGAGAACACGACGCAGGCCUUCUUGGCCCUGCUCAAUGUGACUUCGAUCGAGGACGCCCGCAAUCUCCCAUCCUCGGUCGUGAUGGCAGCCAAUGCCCAGCAGGUGGGGAUGUCGCCCUACGGCGGAUUCACCUACGGGCCCGUUGUCGAUGGGAACUUUGUGCCGGACCAGCCUGGCCGACUCCUCGCACGGGGCCAGUUCGCCAACACGGUCAAGGUCGUAGCGGGCCACAACACCAACGAGGGACCGCUGUUCAGCGACCCGCGGAUCCAGACCAACGCCGACCAGGCCACCUGGUUCAAGAUCAAUCUGCCCGGCAUCUCGGACGCGGCGGUCGAUUUCCUGCUCGGCACGCUAUACCCCGCGACGUAUGACGGGUCGAUGCCGUACCGCACGCCGACGGAGCGCAACACGCUGAUCGUGCAGGAAGGCUAUUUCAGCUGCAACGUCAACUACCUGGGCAAGGCGCUCGGCGCCAACAUCUCCGAGUACCAGUUCGCGGUCCCGCCGGCCCUGCACGGCCAGGACGUGCCGUACACGUUCUUCAACGGCAUCGUCAACGGGACCGGUGUCGUCCCCCAAGUCGCGCAGGCCCUGCAGCGGUAUAUCGUCGACUUUGUCCAGACGGGCAGCGCCAACGGGUCCGGCGUCCCCGUCUUCCCGCUCUACGGGCCCAACGCCGUCGAAACCGUCCUCAACGUCACGGGCAUCACGCAAAUGACCGAUCCGGACGCAAACCCCCGCUGCGCAUGGUGGCAGCAAGCCUUGUACUAUUGA